AUGGAGUUGUUCGGGCUGUGGAUACCUGUUUGGGGCUCUCUGAUGUUAGCUGAAGUCAUGUGGUCUCUACCCGUGGAUCAGGAUCAGAGGCCGAGGCCUGAGGAUGUGGAGCUGGCUGAGGGAUAUCUCAGGAGGUUUUACAACCUGAGCCCCAGAGGCAGAGUGUCAGGGAGAAGGAUCAGGUCCACGUCAGCCAUGGAGGAGAAGAUCAGAGAGAUGCAAAACUUCUUUGGUCUGACAGAGACCGGUCAGCUGGACUCUCACACCCUGGAUGUGAUGAGGGAGCCCAGGUGUGGAGUUCCAGAUGUGGAAAACUUCAGCUUUUAUCCUGGAAAGCCAAAAUGGAAGAGCCACACCAUCACAUACAUGAUCGCCAAAUACACUCCAGACAUGAAGAGAGAGGAUGUGGAAAAGUCUCUUCGUUCAGCCCUGAAGAUGUGGAGUGACGAAGCACCGCUGAGGUUCAUCAAAGUCAACCAUGGCAAAGCUGAUAUAGUCUUCUCCUUCGCCCGCAGAACUCAUGGAGAUUUCUUUCCCUUUGAUGGGCCCCGGGGUGUGCUGGCUCAUGCCUUUCAGCCAGGACAGGGGAUAGGAGGAGACGUGCACUUUGAUGAGGAUGAAACAUGGACGGCAGGGAGACAAGGUUACAGCCUGUUCGCUGUUGCAGCUCAUGAGCUUGGACACUCACUGGGUUUGACUCACUCAGCAGAUCCCUCUGCUAUCAUGUACCCCAAUUACAGGUAUCAGAGUCGCACACAGUACUCUCUAUCCAAAGAUGACGUGUUGGGGAUCCAAUCGCUGUAUGGAAAACCCACAAGAAAAGAAGAAACACAACAAGCCCCCAAAAAGUGUGACCCCAACUUUUCUUUUGAUGCAGCAACAUUGAUUGGAAAUGAGAUAGUUUUCUUUAAGAACAGGUACAUGUGGAUGAGAACAACACAGACAACGUAUUGGAAUCGCCUGACAGAGAGCCACAGCAGCGCAUAUUUACCCAGCAUCAGUUCUCACGUCGAUGCCGCUUAUGACAUCCCUGCCAAAGGCGUGGCGUACAUAUUCACUGGUCAUAAGUACUGGGUGGUUCAGCAGCUUAAGAUGAAAAGUCAUGCUGGCUCCAUCCAUGAAUACGGCUUCUCCUCCAGAGUCGGGCAGGUUGAUGCUGCCGUGCAUGUUAGUGAAUAUGGGAAAACAGUCUUCUUCACUGGAGAUGUUUAUUACAGGUAUGAUGAGCGCAGGAGAAGGAUGGAUCCCGGCUUCCCCAGACUCAUCCGAACAGACUGGCCCGGAGUCCCGAGAAAGGUCGACGCAGCCUUUAAGUUAGAUGCACCUACCGUUGCUCCAACAGUUUCACCAGAGGACCAAGCCCUGGCAGAGGGAUACAUUUCUCGGUUCUACGAUGAUGUUGGGCUUACAAACUCCUCAGUGCGAAGUAUCACAAUAAACUCCUUCAGCGAUGAUCUAGAGGCCAUGCAAGCUUUCUUUGGCCUGGAGGUGACUGGUGUUUUGAACAACGAGACUGUGGAGGUGAUGAAGGCACCUAGGUGCGGAGUGUCAGACAUCAGCCGUUAUGGACACUUCCAUGGGAAACCCAAAUGGAAUAAAAGGCAGAUUACAUACAGGAUCACUCAGUACACUCCAGAUCUGACCCGGAGUCAGGUGGAUUCAACCAUUGCUCGGGCCUUCCAGCUCUACAGCGAUGUCAUCCCUCUGGACUUUAGGCAGAUCAACAGCGGUACUGCGGACAUCAUGAUCCUCUUCAAGGGUGGAUAUCAUGGGGACUUUUACCCUUUUGACGGGGCGGGUGGAGUCUUGGCUCAUGCAAACUCUCCUGGACAAGGUCAGGGAGGGGACACACACUUUGAUGAUGAUGAAACCUGGACUCUUACCCCAAGAGGUGUGAAUCUGCUGCUGGUAGCAGCCCAUGAGUUUGGCCACGCUCUGGGCCUGGAUCACUCCAGGGACAAACGUGCACUAAUGUACCCCACUUAUCAGUAUGUCAACACAAACGGAUACAGGCUGCCAGAUGAUGACAGGCGCGGGGUUCAAGCCCUUUAUGGUAGCCGUACACCAGUGCCUACAACAGCACCGAAACCUAAACCUACUCCUCCUGGUCCGAACCCUGGUCCAGAGCCAGAAGAACCAACAGAGGAUCCAAACCCUGACCCUCUGCCCAACCCCCGAGAUGAGCAGUGCAGCAGAGAGCUGGUGUUUGACGCUGCCACCUCUGUCAGGGGAGACCUGUACUUCUUCAAAAACGGAUACUACUGGAGGAAGAGUACACUUGUCAAUGGAAUCCGUUUAACCAAAGUGAGCAGAAAAUGGUCACAAAUCAACUCCGUCGAUGCUGCUUUUGAAGUCCCAUACAAGGAUGCAAUGUAUCUUUUUGAAGGUCGUCAGUACUGGGGCAUAAGGGCUUAUGCAAAAACAGUCAUGUCAGGCUAUCCAAAGCCCCUCACCAGCCUGGGUCUGCCCUCUUCAGUCAGCAAGGUGGAUGCAGCCGUCUAUGAGCCGACUACUAGAAAAACAUUCAUUUUUGUGAAUAACCAGUAUUGGAGCUAUGAUGAGGCAAGAAACCGAAUGGACUCUGGAUACCCACGAUACAUCGUUUGGGAUUUCCCUGGCAUAGGCUCCAAAGUUGAUGCAGUAUUUGAGAAUUAUGAAAGUGAUAAUACGUGUAUUGUUCAUGUGUUUGCUGUCUACAGGUCCCCGUCUCCUAUGGAUUCACUCAACAGUUUUGAAUCUGAGAUGGAGGCUGAUGGACAGGGGAACUACUCUCUGUUUCCUGCGCUGGACAGCAUAGCAAGUCUGUCUGGGACAGCUGAGACUCUCGAGAGGUUGUUGCAAAUAAUUGAAAUUGCAGAGAAGCCAAACCUCACAUGGCUGGAUGCUGCACAGAUUGUGUUGGAAGAAGCUGGACGUCCCAUGCACAUAAAGGAGAUAAAACAGAGAAUAAUCGACCGGGGACUUGUUCAAUCCAAUGCAAAAUCAAGCCUGGAGGCUGUUAUGUACCGUGAGACUGAUGAGGAGAGGCAGCAGGCCCUGCAGGCUUUCACUGCACAGACUUUCCUCGGCUCUCCGCAGCAGAAUACCCUCUCCAGUUCCGGCUCAGGUGCCUCGGGGCCCGCCUUCCCAUCCCCCACUAGUUCCUCAGAGCACAGGACCAAGAUGAAGAGGGGUCCACGAAAAAACCAGAAUGAAAAAUACCGACUGAAGUACCUUAGACUGCGCAAAGCUGCCCGCGCCAUGAUAUUUGAGAAUGCAGCUCUCUGUGAUGAAGUUGCCCACUUAGAAGAGAAGUUUCUGAGAGCUAAAGAGGAGCGGAGGUUUUUACUGAGGUCAUUGUUGCAGUAUCAGUCUUUAUCAGAGGGGGAGAUACUGCCAACACCAAGCUCAAGCUCUCACCCGCCUGUGCCACCUGCAGCAUUAACCUCCGGUCCUGCAGCAGCUUCAAGUCUGUCUGUGGGACAUAACCUGGUGUCAGUGGUGUCCACUGGGGAAGAGGGACCUCUUAAAAAACCCAAGAAGGAAAGGAAAGAGCGAGGCAAGGAAAACGGAAAGGAUGAACUACCAAAGAAGAUCUCUAAGAAGAGAAAACUCACAGACGGGUCUCGGAAACUGGUGCAGCCCAUUGCUCUGGACUCAUCUGGUCGUCCCGUUUUUCCCAUCGUACUGGGAGGUUUAACGGUCUACAGCCUUGGAGAGAUCAUCACAGAUAGAAUGUUGUUCCACGAUGAGUGUGCCAUCUACCCAGUGGGCUUCUGCAGCACUCGAGUCUUUGCCAGCAUGAAAAACCCUGACCAGCAGUGCCUCUACACCUGCCAAAUCAAGGAUGGGGGAGCAGGUCCACAGUUUGAGAUUGUGCCUGAAGAAGAUCCUCAGAAUGCCAUCGUGGCUUCCUCGGCCCUCAAGUGCCACUCCAACCUCCUGAAAGCCAUUGCGUCUGUCAGUUCCAAGUCUGUGGUGCUCAUCGUGCCGUCCGGGGCCGACUUCUUUGGCUUCUCACACCCCACCAUCCAGAAUCUCAUCCAGAGCUGUCCUGGAGCACGCAAAUGUAGCAACUACCGGUGGAUACGUUUUGAGGUGUGUCGCCCUGGUGACGGCCAGGUCCCUCACAGCCUAUCAGAGGACGACGCCUCAGUCAACUUUGAGGCCUACCAGAGACACCAGGGCUUCGAGGAGAACAUCAAGACGGAGCAUAUAACAGGUCAGACACCGCAGUCCCCUGGCUCUUCUCAUCAGCUCCACCUGACCUCCCCGACCAUGAAACCCUCUACCUCAUAUUUCAGCUCCUGAUUCUGGAAGUGUUAAGUCGUACAUUUACGCAAUUCUCCUGAACUUGGUGUUUUUCCACCUUUUCCUUUUGGUUCAAUAACUCAGAAAACAGUCUCGAACAGCAUCACCUGGGGAUAGUUGAUGCUUAUAUACUGGAAAGUUUGUACAUAGCAUACCAAUAGCAACAUGAACACAACAGCUCUAUAUUAUAUCUGCUGAAUUUUAGUCCCAGUUGAGUCCAACUUUUUUUUACUAAUUGAUAAUUGCACAAAAAAUGUGGAAAAAAAAAAAAGUUAUGUUUUCCCAUGGCCAGGUUUCGGUUCGUGGCACACUGUUGCAUUGUGAUUUAACUAUUGUUGCCCUUUUUUCAACUUGAAACAAUUUCAUUACAUUUCCAACUGUUGCAGUAAUGCAGUAAAAGCACUGGCUCUGAAUGUAACAGGCCCACACAAAAUUAGUUGCUCAUUUGUGAUUUAUUCAUGAAAAUUGUGCAAAGUUCAUAAAGACACAUUUGUGUUGUAAACUUAAUCAUUCGGAGUUUUGUUCAAAUAAAGUAUUCGUCGUGUCUUUCUACAACAA